AUGCAGUGUAUUCAAAGUGGUACAUCUCUAGGUUAUCCUGCAUCUUCCAAUCCAUCUGUGACAAUAGAUGCUGUCAAUAGAAUUGGCCAGGCUCAGCAUCAGUUGGAAGAGAAAGAAAGUGAAUUGGAAUCAUCAAAAGAACAAUUACUUCGUGAUCUAUACACAUUUGCUGCAGAUGAAGAAAGUCAUUCACGUCUUAUUCUUGAAUAUUUUCAACUCCAAGAAAGCUAUCUGUCAGAAAGUUUGCAGUUAGUUCAAAAAGUGGUUGCUGAUCUAUCUCAAACUAUUAGACAACAGAAACGUCUUACUACGUUCGGACGACAUCUGCCUGAUCACCUAGCUGAAACUAAACGAUCUAUCGCUUAUGUCUUGGAUGUUUGUAUCAGCUACCUGGAUCAAGAAUCUGUAAUUCAGGAGGAGGGUAUUUUUCGAAAAUCUGGAUCACAAAAGAGAACAGACCUUUUAGUAAAAGCAUUAAACAUUAUGCAAAUUGAUGAACAUUUACUCAGAAAGUGCGAUUGUGCUGUUGUUGCCGGUGCCUUGAAACAAUACCUUUUAAGUCUUCCCGAACCUUUGAUCACUUAUGAAUUUGCUGAUCAGUGGGCUACUGCUUCUAGAAAACCAGGUUCAACGUCAGCCAAUAUGCAACUAAUUCAAACUUGUCUAGAACAAAUGCCUACAGAAUUUCGUUUAAAUCUCGGUUAUCUGAUUUGUUUCCUGUCCAAGUUGUCUAAUCAAUCGAAUAUUAACAAGAUGACCUCAGACAAUUUAUCGAUAGUUAUUGCUCCAAAUGUAUAUCGGUUGUCUUCAUCUAACACUAUUGGUAAUGGUUUUAACGGAAGUUCAACGCGACUAAAUGAAGAUGUAGGAAAGUCAUUGGAUUUUCUUCAAAACAAUGGUCCAGGAAUCCAUUUGAUAGAUAUUCUCAUUCAAAACGCUGACCAGCUAUUUGGAUCGGAACAAGCCUCUUUUCGCCUAACACAUGUUCUAACUCAUUCCUCCGUGAAAAUAUCUCAAAAUCGUCCGUCCGUUGUUUCCCUACCUUCAUCACGGUCGAGCAAUGCUGCUACUUGUUCACCUUGUGUAUUGGAAAAUACUGCUUCGUCAAAUGAACAAACAUCUCAAAAUAGUAACCAGUCUGGUGGUAGCAGCUGUACACUUAAUAAAAAGCCUGUUGUGCCUGAUCGAGGUGAUGUAACUUUGCCGGUUUGUCAUUUGAAUGCAUCACCUAUGGCUGGAAGACUGUCGCUUCCAGGUAAUACUCCUGUGCUGCAAAGGAAGAAAAAUGCCGCUCCAAAACCACCAGUUCCUACAUAUCCUGCCAAUUCCUCAUCUACUAAUGUAAGUAAUACUUCUGUCAAAGUAAGUCAGGCGGAUUCACAAAAAUCGGAGAGUCCUGCACUCGUUGACGAGGAAGAACCUGUAGGCACUUCAAUCAAUUCGACAGUAAUAACUCCUUCCAUGGAAUCAUCAAAUAUCGAUAACUGUCAUGAAUCAUCGCUGCCAUCACAAAUAGUGACGCCUUUACCAACAGCAACGACUAGUGAUUGCAAACUGAAUAAAGAGCCGCCUAAAAGGCCCCCACCACCUGAUGUCAAUUCAAAGCAGAACAAUACUGGCCUAGAAUCCGAAGCAGACAAUAUCACCGUCAUGUAA